UUCAAGUUCACACCUUUUCAACACUUUCGAGGCCGCAACAACACAGCAACACCACCACACUCUCUUGGCUCUUUUGUUUUGUCCUCUCUAUCAGCAUUCCUCUUACAUUAUCAACUAAUAAGAAACCAUGGGAAACUCUGCUUCUUCUUCGUCUCCAUCGUCUACCAGCAGAGCCUCGGAAGGCUUUGAAGUGACUUUGAGCGAUAACUUUCAACAAACGGUGCUCCAGGAUUUCAACGCCAAGGUCCAUGCCCAAUACAUGCAAAUCAAAGAGCAGCAACAGAUUCAUCAACAGGCCAAUUCGGAGCAGGCAAGACAGAAUGAACUAUUGCAACAGCAAAAACAGGCCGCCAUCCAACAACUCGACAAGCGAUUGGAUGCUUUGGAGGCAGAUUUUGACCAAAAAGUAAAAGCCGCCGAUGGUGCCGCGUUGACCUUGACCCAAAAAUAUGUCAAGCCAGAAGAGAUUCUAGGCAAAGAAGCCCCGUGUGCCGACGUCCGUAGCAGCUAUGCUUCUUGUCAAAAGAGCAAUCCACCAGGUGCCUGUGCCAUCUACAUACAAGCCCUGCAAGAUUGUGUGACCAAAGCUGUCGCAGAGAAAUAGAAAGUUAGAAGCAAAUCCAUGGAUAGCUGUAACUACAAAACUACCCUAUGGUACAAUCGACUGUGGGUUCAUACCGGUAGCUAGCUUGUAGCUAUAGUGAAACAGUUAUCUUUAUUGU